AUGCCGUUUACCGCUGCAACGACCUCCAGCACCGCCAAUCAAGCUCAGCGGUCCACGCCUACCUCAAACCCUUGUCUGUCACGUCAGCCCAUGCGAAUCCGCACUUAUACGGUCCGUGUAUAGUUCACUUUUGUUGGUUCUUGUAUGUUCUUCUCGGUUUGCAGUUCCUUCUCUCCAAUUCCUGCUUCGGGGCUUCGUUAAUGUGUAAAUUGAGAGCAGUAUUUGUUAUAGCUCACCAUCUGAGAGGUUGGAAGGGGCCCGAUGGGUGUACUCUUACCUCUGUCUUCGAAGCUGGUUAUUCUAGGCCAGACGUAACCAGCAGCACUAGCACGACAUGAAUUCAGUUUGAUUGUCCCCUUUUGUGUGGGACACGCAGUUAUUUGUGUUCAGUUUUUCAGGUCUUGCCCCUCAGAAGCUACCCUUCUCAACUUUGUCCACAUAGAUCACCUUCUUGACUUCUUCUCUCCAUCCACUACUUAGGUAAUUCCUCUGGCACGCCGAAGCGGUCUUAUCGAGUGGUGCGAGGGCACCGUGCCACUUGGGGAUUGGUUGGCUAACGAAACCAGUGGUGCUCACCAGCGCUACCAUCCCACUGACCUCACGCCUACGCAAGCCAAAUUGCGCCUCGCAGGAGUACGUGACAGGGGGCAGGAACGAAAAUUUGCCGUCUUUCAGGAGAUUUGUGAAAGACUGAGGUCAGCGAAAUUGAUGACCGGACCCUUCUCUGUCUGUUCUUUUUUGAGGCUCCGAAUUAUCAUUUUCAGUGUCAUUGUAGUUCUUAGAUGUUAGCCACACGUUGCUCGUGCACGAUCUUGACGCGCCAACCAAACAUGGAGACCGACCUUUGGAAACGUUUAGUUUCGGCGGCGCAUUGCCCUAGGCUGCCAAGUUAGUAAAUUAUGACCUUUUUGUCAUUGAAACGCUAUAUGAGUGCUCUGUGUCUCUUGAAGGGCAUUAAUAUUUUGGGGAAAGGAGACUAGUUUCCGACGAAAGCCUGUUAACUGUACCAUGUCGAGCUAAACUGCAGUCCACAGCAGCCACAUCAUCCCUCAACUUCUGCUGCAGUAUGAACUAAAAGUACCUGCCAACUCAGCUGUUAUCCCACGCUGCUUCUGCAGUACCUAAUAUUUUUCAUACGACCUCUUCCAGAGAGGAGACGCUUUUAGCUGGGGCAGACUUUCUUGUAUGCCUAGCAUAAAUUCUGUCUGAGACUGUUUCUGGGCGACUGACUGCAACACUAUUGUUUUUGAGCUCGCUUUCCUUGCCCUCUUGUCGUACGAGCAAAUAUUAACAGAUGUAUAGAAAAUCUGUAGCUAUUAAGCAUUUCCCAACGCCCUCAACCCCUCCCCCCUCGGUUAAUCCUCUUCGGACAGACCGGUCCUGGGCUACUUUUUCCUUGAGAAUUUCCCCAGCCCGACUGAGUGGCACGCUGCAAAAGCGAGGUACACCACUUCACUGGCUGUCUCCUCCAUCCUCGGUUUUCUGGUCGGUCUGGGUGACCGGCACCCGCACAAUCUGCUGCUGCAUCCAGCCACCGGCGAGGUCGUGCACAUUGAUCUGGGCAUUGCUUUCGAUCAGGUUAGUACUCAUUUUUCUGCCCUUCUAUCUCAACCCGCCCCCUCCCUGCCCUGGCACUUUUACUAACCUCGUCAUUCCCUCCCCUACCGCUUUCAGUCUGAUCUACUCUGUUCCUUAGAAAGCGCCAAAACAUACGUGCUAGGCUUAAUCUUAGUAACAAGAACCUCGGUCGACGUAAGCAGCGAGAAUGCCCUCAGUCAGGUGUAGGAAGCAAAUUUUGGUCCCUACGCUCGCUAUCAUCCCGGUGAUCUCCGGCCAAGUGGUCUGUGUGAUGGCUCCCCGCAGCCUUCACACUAUAACCUCUUUGGCCUUAGUUGACCGGUCAAUAGGUCGCUCCCUGCUUAUCUCGUAUGGGGGACCUCGCCUGGCUUCUAUCUAUUCUAUUUGACUACCUUUUUUGCCGGUCGAAGUUGUCCACUCCUGAGCAUCUUCCUUGAGUUACAGCUGAUCCGGGAUGUGCCUGGCCGACUUUCUCCCAUUUUUAUCAAUAAUUUCUAUUUGGACCCAACUGGAAAACUCGGCGGCAUCGGUGGGAUUCAGACGUACCGAGGUCGCCAAGUUUUUCUCAGCUGGGCCAAGGUAUAUUAUUAAGUCUUCCAAAACGCCUAUGCAUAAUUUCUAUAUUGAUUCUUAUGUCGGGAGGCCGAAGUGAUUCUAAGGAGUCUCUCUCACUCGCGAAUGAGCUGGGUCUCGGCCGCUUAUUUGCCUUCGAAUCCAGUAAACGACCUUCGUCGCUUUUUUGGUUUCACUACCUAAUUUUGGUUUGACAUUCGUAUUCCUUCACAAAAAUUCUCGCUUUUCUACCGUACUCCGAUGUCUUGUUUAUGCGCAAAGCCUAGCACUUUUUCUUCCCUCCUUUUUUAUGGCCUGUAUUCAAGCCCUCGAACAGGGCUAUCAGUGGCCAGCAGUAUUGGUGGUACUAGUGCAACAUGACUGACCAUUUGUGAAGAAGUCGAAGUAAUGCACUGUGGUCUGACCGCACCAUUCCCGAUCUCGGCCAACACAGCUGGGCUGUCGGGCUAGGCCUGGGUCAACCUGGAAACAGCCAAGUCAGAUUCAGAUCAUCUGGCUUAGAUAUGUUUGGUUUACGUAAAAGAUAAAAAAUCGUCAUUCUCACCCGUCUACAUGUCGGCAAGCCCUUCGAAAGAGUUUAUUAUAUAUCUAAUCGCUAAAGCCUUCUCUACCGGCUUUUACAAGGGUCGUCUUCUGCCAACUCCAGAAGUGGUGCCUUUUCGUUUGACCCGAGAUCUUAUCCAUGCUCUCGGUCCUCUUGGCCCCGAAGCCGGAUUCACCACUGCUGCUGAGUCGGCUCUGUUGGUCUUCGCCUCCGGCGCAGAUGUCAUCAUCACUCUCCUCGAGGUACGCAGCUGCCAUCUGCUGGCUCACUUCGUUUUUUGAUGUCAUCCCUAAGUAAACCUUUUUUCACCUUUUUGUGGUGGGGUCCCAACCUGUCUGGAUUUCGUGGUCAGCAGUGGUAUCGAGGGCGCCCUGUCUCACCUGCAACUUGCCACUGUGCCCUCUGGCACAGUCUUGGACACCAUCACCUACGGUGGAUAAACUAUUGGCGGCCGCGUUGAUUAGUCACGCCUGAUUAUAGGACGGAGUAGGGUACGAAGAAAUUUUUUAAAGUCGGCCUACCGCUUAUUAUAGGCAAAGAUAAACGCCUCAGGGUUUGUGGGCGUCCGCACUGUAGAAUAUUCUAAAAUAAUUCGAUAACCUCCGCGAAACACAUUCGUGGCAUACUGACACUGAGCUUUUCUGUUAAUUACAGUUCUCGCUCAAUUUUUGUCCUGUCAGGACUGUCGUUGCGGGCUUUAGACUCACAAGGGAAGUAUCCACAGACGAUGCGGAGCGUCGGCUGUUAUCUAAGAUCAACUAUUUUGUCUACGACCACCUGCACCUGUUUUUGAAAGUUAUGCCCAAACUACAGAAUACAUCGACCUCUUGGUAGUCUUUCUUUCUAAACUUCUAAGUGCCUUCAUGAUUCCUUUGCAGGCCUCUCGGAUGGAUUCGGAACAUGGUAAAUUCAUUUAAUGAGGAAGCGGACUACAUGCACACUUGAUUUUACCUAGCUUGGAAGCUCUAGUUACGCAAUAUUGAAUAUAACGCCAACGUCAUCGGUUCCUUGAUAAAGAUGCUAAGUGCCCUACUUGCAUCUCUGGCUCUAUUCAGCCCUCGCCGUUCAGUCGGAGAAUUCUCGUGGGGACAGUUCCCCUCACAAUAGUUAUUGGUGUCUUACAAAUAUCCAAAGAUUUGACGUGAACGCAUGGCAAGAUGAUUCGUACAAUCGACUGCCAGUUUGGUUGUUGCAAUAGUGUAAUGCGGCUCUUUACUGUCAUAAUUUUGACCCGACAUGCCUACGGAACUUUUAUUGUUUGAACUCCAUGCAUGGCCGUAAUCCAGGUUAUUUGUAAGUCAAUGGGGUUACACUUAAAUUAUUCCCCCUAGUACUGUGGAACUAUUACUUCCAUGUGUUCGAGAAAGUGAGGCGAAUCUGUGCCAUUUCAAAGUCAGUUGACUAAUCGUCUAGGUUUAUGGACAGCUGCAGUCACUCUUUUCGUUGAUUUCAGAACCCUCAAGGUGACUGAUUCCAUAUGAUGCUGUGAAUAGAACCCUGCGAUCACCCACCAAAUUUUGCUUACUCUUCACCGUCUUAGUAAUACGAUCAUACCGAUUAUUUUCACUGCCUCCGUUUUGUCUUCAAUAGAACACUUGAAUUUUGCGCACCUGGCUGCUUUAACACAUCCUGUGGGUUUCGUCCCGACGGUCUCAAAUAUUUUCACUGAAAUGUUCACAACUUUACGCUUUUUGUAGGUACUUUUGCACGACCCUCUUUACUCGUGGUCUCUCAGCCCGGCUCAGCUCUGCGCUCUUGAAGCGAGACGCGCCGAGGCAGUCGCUGUUGGUCCCUCGGUGGGUCCCCCAGGAACCGCCCGCACGAACGACCCCUCGGAACGACAGUCCACGGCCGUCUUCCGAGACCAGCCACCUGUGCAACGGCUAAUCGCCAGCACCUGUCAGACUGCGCAGCGAAGGUCGAAGGGUACGCAUGUGUUUUCAUUGUAACUGUUAACGAAUCUGAUGAAAGUAAACCUACAUAUUUACGCUGUCAUCGACUGCACGAAGGUUGGGCGCAGUCUUAUUUUCAGUGCCUGACCCCCAGUCUCUGAACUGCAGGUCAACCAGACGCAGCAGAGUGAGAAGCUUGCGCGCCCCACCCGUGUUGGCUUUUUGAUGUUUUGACUGGAAGAGGUGCACGCCCUUGCGUCUGACGGGGCGGGUAGUCGUCGGCAUACGCGAAAUCACUAAAGCUGUAGGAGCCCACGGCCACGGCUCAGACCGGACGAAUUUGUCAACCUUUGGCGUGACCCAUUGGACGCCUUCUAGUCUUCGGCAAGCGUUGUAACCAUCCAUCCACUUUGAAACUGGUUCAUCCCCCUCACAUGCCUAAUAUCCACGCCUAUCCCCCUUCUCGUUUGUUAAACCCGAAGUACGCUCUGAGCCGGCGGCGGCAAAACGACGUAACCGGCCGACAAACUGCCCAGCCCAACUUGCUAGAGCGACCAACACGUGCGCGACGCGGGUUAGAUGGCCAGUCGUGGUGCCUGGCUUGAUACAACACUUGCCAGCGAUCUGCAAUGGAGAAGUGAGCUUGAGACGGAUCCUCCCUGUGCAAACCUUUCCCUCCAAAAUCAACGGUGUCUCGAGAGUUGUCAAUGACAGGAUAAACCGGUGGGGACCAGGUCGUAGCGGCCCCUUAGCGUGACCUUACGACUUCUCCGACGCGGCAUCAAGGCAAAGCUUGGUUAACGUGGGUUGAGGUAGCUAGUAUUUGCGUGGCACGCGAGCGGCGAGAGGGAACUAUCGGUUAACCCACGCUCGUCUCCAGAAACCUUGGCCUAGCCCUUCGAUCAGAACACGAUGCGUCUUGAUCGACCCUGCGCAUGUCUCCAGUUCAUGUGCAAAUUACUGCUGCCCACAAGGGGUAGCGAUAGUCCUCUUCGAGUUUUACAGAGUAAGAACUGUAGUUCUGGUGUUUUGGGGCUGGCUUUCCCGGUCGCGGUAUGAUCCCCCGCCUCUGGCUUUAUUGCUUGCCCGACUAUGUAUCGUGGCUGUUCACCGACAAAUAAUCGGAAAGUACCUGAGGUAGGCUGUUCAUACGGACUCGUCUCCACUGUUUAACUUCAGUUUUAGGUCCUUUCCGUCAGAAGACCUUCGGAAUAUUUAUUUUGUUGUCAUCGCUGAUGGCUGAUGAACAAGUCGGCUGUCUACGGCACAGACACAUUUGGGGAGCAACGCAAAAUUUGGUUAUGGUCAGUAAACCAGCAGCCUAAGUAUCAUUCCAUGUGACCCAAACUACUUUUUAGAGUAAUUCAAAGCCCAUAACGCUAUAGGACGCGAUUCUUCGUCAGCGGGUUGAUAUAAAAAGCUCCGAAAGUCAUAUGGUUGUCAUUGUCAAUGCUGGCAUACGACUUUAUAGAAAGAUAAUCUGACCUCAGAUGGCGAAACGCGCGUCCAUGCAGCUUUGUACUGGUUCUGGAACCGUUUUAUGGAAGCAAAUUUUAUUAAGGCAACAAAAUAAAUUUACGAAAAACCAGUUUCCUGGCCUAUAAAUCCCAAGAAGUCAUUUAACUGAUCGUCUUUUAGCAAGCAGAUUUAAAGUGCCCUCAAUCAUGUGUUCUUUAAAGUAUCGUUACUAGCCCACCUACUGCAACCCCACGCUCUUGGGAGAUUAUGCGUUCGUCGGCCGAAAGUCUAACCUCUGCUUCCGUCGACACUCCUUGUCUGACUGCACUGUGGUUCCCAUCAAAUUUUAGAGUCUGCUAACCAGCUGGCCGAGCGCGCUCUCUUGAAUGUGCGAGACAAGCUGGAAGGCCGGGUGGGUGGUAUUGGCAGUGGCGGCCUUUCUACAGCCGCUGGCAGCGAGGGUGUGAGCACUCUGAGAACAGCAGGCCAGAUAAACCUUCUCCUUCGAGCAGCAACGAACCCGGAAAAUCUCUCACGCAUGUACUUCGGAUGGCAGGCAUACCUCUGA